GACCGCGUCAAUGACAUGUGGAGUUAACAUAUACAUGGCGCAUGUAGACUGAUAAACAAAACAUCACAAAUUAAGGAUAGAAACAUUACAAAUUAAGGAUAAAAACAUCAUUAUUAUAACCAUCGAACCACAACUGGUUGGGUAAACUACUUAAUAAUCCACGAAUGCUGGAUUCUUGAAACUCAAUUUUGGUGGGCGACAACUCUGGUUACAAGACGUGAACUCAUGGAGAAAAUGUUCAAGUUUGUUCUGCUCAUCUCCCUUGGUUUUCUACCCGAUGCCGUGAGUAGCAUUCGUUUCCUUGACCUGAGUAUUGUCGGCUAUCUUGCUAACAGCGAGAAAACUGGCUUUGUGACUGGAACGUUUAUCGACAGAGCUGCACGCAAGGAGGGCAGGUGCACACACGUCACUUUGUUUAAAUGUAAUCCAAGUGCGGACUGUAGCCAAUCGUCAUCUUGGCAAGAGGCGUGCCGACUGUUCGCGUACCCUUGCCAGAUGACCGCCUGUGGGAACAGCACGCCGACGCAGCAGGAGUGCUACUGCUCCACUGGUCAUCCGACCGUCAUCUGGUUCACUGUCCGUCCGACCAUGCAAUAUCGUCUGAAUGCCAAACUCAUGGAGCACAAUCAAGAGUUGGGACAACUGGACAGCAACGUCUUUGUCGCGAAUUCUGAUGAUCCUGAACAUUCUCGAAGCAAAAGUCUCAGUGGAUCGAAUCAGUUGCGUUUCGAUCUGGAACUGGUUGUUGCUAGUGUACUAGUCGCCUCCUACCUGGCCAAGCCAAUCUGUACUUAAAUGAUCUGCAGUGGAGAAGAUUCUCUAGCCGUCGAUUGAUUUGGGGAAACAUUGCCAUCGAUCGUUUGAUAAUUCCAUGAAUCGGGAGCAACAAAUGUUCACCUUGGAACUCAAUGUUUUAUGUAAAUAGAAAUAAAUAAUUGAAUUUGUUACCUAAAACGGACUAUGCCUUAGCCUGCCAGUUAUUCUUUUCAUAACUAGAAAAAAGUAGAAAUUAUUUAAUAGCGAGAAAUGGUCGUUAGUUUUGUGUGAUCCACCUUCAUUGUUAGAUUCGUUUUACUUCGCUAGUCCGUUAUUUCAUCAAAAUUAAUCUAAACGUCUUGUUUUAAACAAAAUUAGCCUAAUAGUUUUGUUUUUCUCUUGUCAAUAAAUAUUUAACUAAGCAUUUAUUUUAUAACUCUCAUUAGGAUUAAAAUCUUAGCGAUUAUUAGGUAGGCCCUUGAUUGAUUUUUCUGUGAGUUAAAUUGCUUCAGAAAAGCUUCUUGAUUUUUUUUAUAAAUGUGUCAUAUAUUCCAAUGCAACAGCAAGGCAUCGUACCAUUUGUAGUUUCUGUUUCCCGUGUAUACACCUUGUUUGUUCUUAAGUAAAUUCUAUCAUGCACCUGAUUGUUUCUAAAUUAUCGGCCUUCCAGUGGCAAAGGUCUUGAGAUAAUUUUAGCAUCACUGUGUCUUACAAUCAUGUAAUUUUAGCCAA